AUGAUGAAGACGCUCCUUCUUGAAAUCAUGGACCAUUACCGAGUCGCUGGCUUGAGCUUUGCGACGGGUAUUCUUGUGACCCUGGCUUCUUCCCUGAUUCCAGCCAUAUGGCACUGUCCAACAAAUCCUUUCUUGGGGCAAAUGGUUCAGUUGAGAAAAAAGCGCUCCCGGCUUGCCAGUAGACCUGGAGGGCUCAGUCAAUUUGAUUUGACAGAUCACUAUGGCUUAGAGCAACAAGUCUUGAACCUUGACUUCAAUGCGCAGACGAUGUGGAUGAACGUGGGAUUCUGGAAGAACAAUCCACAGUCUCUUCCCGAGGCCUGUCAGGCCCUGUUGGAAGAGGUACUUCAAAAGUCUGGUCUCUUGAAUUGUGGAGACCAGCCAUUUUCUGUGCUGGAAGUCGGGUGCGGAUGUGCUGAACCUGCUCGCUAUCUGAGAAAGAAUUUUGCAGCGAGCUUUGACCAGUACAUUGGAAUCACAUUGAACGGGUGUCAAGCAGAAGAUGCUGCCACGCGGCUUGCGGCCGACUGCAAAAUGUCCUCUCAAUCUCAAAACUGCUCCUCAAAAAACCGCGUCUAUUGCGCUGAUGCGGCCAAGCCAUCUUUGUGGCCUAGAGAGCUACAGAAAACAGUCGUUCAACUCAUCACUCGCCGCAAUACAGCCGCAAAAGAUCACCCGAUAUGGUUACUCGCGCUGGACACGCUCUACCAUUUCACACCUGAUCGGAAGCAAAUUUUGACUUAUGCGUGUCAGACUCUAGACGCUUCCCUCAUGGCAACGGACAUUAUAAUCGCAGAUAAAAUAUCAUGGCUAGAUCGCAUCAAGCUCCGCCUUGUCUUCAAUGGACUCAAGGUCCCAUGGACCAAUAUCAUGACCCGGGAUCAGUACACAGAGAUGCUGGUGAAUUGCGGGUACAAGAAAGAAAACAUCACAAUGAUCGAUAUAACUGCACAUUCAUUCAACGGCUUUGACAAAUUUACGCAAAAACAUAUGGAGAUGUGGGAGGCAAUGGGAGGGUCGAAGGUCAUACCUCGGGCUGUCAGGAUGAUGGGAUGGGUGAUGGGUUGGUGGGCGAGAUCUGGUACAGUGAAAGAAUAUGUCGUUAUUGCCAAGAAGUAG